AUUUAUUUUCGUAGUCCUACUACGACGCCAAACUAUCGCAAGCUUUCUUUGUAACGUGCCUCCUGCUCUUGUCGCAAUUCUUUUGGACGCAUCCGACGAACCUGCGCACUCACCGUAUUACAUCAAAAUGAUUAUUCCCAUCCGCUGCUUCUCCUGUGGAAAGGUCACUGGUGACCUCUGGGAGCGCUAUCUUCAACUGAUCGCAGAUCCCCGUAAGACCGAUGGCGAUGCUAUGGACGAGCUCGGUCUGAAGCGAUACUGCUGCCGCCGCAUGAUCAUGACCCACGUUGACCUUAUCGAGAAGCUUCUCAAGUACACUCCUGAUGGCCGAAGCGAGAAGAAGCAGAACCUUGGCGUUCAGUACUCAUAAAAUGCGUAGUGGCAAAGAAGCAGCGAAAAAACGGUUGUGCAUGGUUUGGCGUUAAGGGAAUCUUGCCGAAAUAUGUCACUUUGACGGCGCAAGGAAGGCAAUGAAUUGAUCAGUUUCAAAUACGAGAGCACGAGUCCUCAUAAUCUACGGUGCCCCCCUAUACAGACACUUUCGAGACUGUCAAGAUAUUGAUCUGUGUUUUCACUGGAAUCUUCUCCACCAUCCUUACUCAUGCUUCCCUCCAAAAGAAACGGUUGGCUCUUGGUAGGCCCUUUGUCCUGCAUGUAUUCCCUUCCGGCAGGAGGUCCUUAUGCACUCCUCAGGGAGCAGGAAAACUUCUGGCAUGAAAUCAAGGUGCUAAAAUAAACUGGUCUAAUAAUGGCUUGCUAAGAUAUACU